AUGGGCCUCCCACUCGGCCUACCUGACGACGAUAUCGACGUCUGCUUUCCCCUCGCGGAACACCAUCUGCAGACGCGCGUCGAGCCUCGUCGUGAACUCCACCUGCUGCACCUGGUUGCCCAGCAAGCCAGGCUGCGUGGCGAAAUCAUCGAAUUGCGCAACAAGUCGCUACACUACGUCCAGCAUGAUCCUGACCGAGCGACAUCAAUCAUAGCUAAACUUGGCCAAUGGUGGAACGAUGUUGAAGACUUUAUCGACCCGGAUAGCCGAUGUGGCGCUUCUCCUUACGCGACUGUAGUGCUGACACUACUUAGACACGAGUUGAUUAUCUCGCUGUAUCGUCCCGUCUUAGCUACGGGUAGUAAAGAUGUCGCCUACAAUGCCGCCUUACAACAGUGCAUCUGUUCUGCGCGUAGCAUCAUCACUACCUUGCACACCGCUAUACAGGGCAAAGACGGGCCUCCAAAGUAUCAUGACCAACUGGCACUCCUUUGGCCCUCCUGCACCUGGGCUGUAUGGAUCAGCACAUUCAUCAUGUUCUACGCCGCCCACGAGGGCCGAAUUGAUCACAGCGUCGUCAUAAGAUACGACUCGGAGGUCGCGGGAGAUGCAGGCCUUGCUCAAAAAGGUGAACUGAGCGUACAUUCAAGUCUGCACAAGCAAUCAUUACCUACCCGCAACGAUGAUCCAGAGCAAAUCGGUAGCCAAAGGAGGAACGAUAUCGAUCCUCAUCAUGACGCGCAGUAUCCUCCAUAUGAUGCAGCAUUCGAUUCCAGUGCGACGAGCAACCUGAACCACAAUGCCACCUUUCUUGAGCACAACAGCUACUGGAACAUCUUCGUUGGAACGGAGGGUGCCAACGCUUCAUCAGCAGAGUACUCCAACGGCCUAGACCCUUUCUCUGGUUUCGACAUCCCCUUCUGGUUUGAUCAAGAGCAGCAUUGGGAUUUCACAUAG